UGAAAUCGAUCGGUUGCAGCGGGACGGGAGACGCUCUCCUCUGCCGUCGUCGUCUAUAUAGCUAGCCUCCCUCGCCUCGCCUCGCCUUCCUCCUCUCCCAUCUUUCCUCAUACGUAGCUUCCUUCCUUCCUUCCAGCUCUCUCCCUCUCCCGUGUGGUUCUUGCGAAGCUGUUCGAUCGACCGAGGCGAGAUGGCGAGAAAGCGGAAGGGCGCCGGCGACAAUACUGAGCCACGGCAGCGGCGUCCGCGUGUAGCGCCGCCGGAGACUACAGCCGGCCCGCAGGCGCCUGCAGCAGGCGAUUUUCCAGGCCCGUCUUCCCUGCAAGGGCAGUUCGCUCUGCUCAGGGGAUUCGAUCCUCUGCUGGGAAAUCCAGGGCGGACGGCGACUUCGCAGGCGCUCGCACGGGUGUCGUCGGCUACCGUCAACGCCCAAGGCUUCGGUGGAGGUCUCAGUCGCGGCGGCGGGUUGGCACGGACGACGAUGCUCCGGCAGUCGCUGCGCAAUGCAUAUCCAGACGCUGGGAGUGCGCCCUUCGGCAUCCACGCGGCGAGCGGCCAGAACCAGAUCGCCAACUCCGGUGCCUCUUCUUCCCAGUUCGCUGGAGGUGGGGGCGGGGGCGGGUCAGGGUCGGGGUUCGGGGGAUUCUCUCAGUUUGCCGGUGGAAUCCACGCGCCGACUGGCUAUGGUUUCUCCGGCGGGGUAAUAGGGCAGCCGCACGGCAACUCCAGCGGGCCUUCUUCCGCAGGUCUAAGGUGCUCUGAUUGCAAUGAGCUCACGACGGGGCAUCUGGACUCGGUGCCCUUGUGCCAGGCUUGCUACAGCAAGCGCUUCACCGUCAACGCCGGUGCGCAUCAGGGUCGCAUUCCAGAUCCAGCCGGGAGGUGCAUUGUCUGCAAAAAUUCCACAAGAAUGUAUUGGGUGGCCUCGAUGCCCUUGUGCUCGGAUUGCCACCGCAAGAUCUUCGCCAGCAACGGGCCUCUACAGCAUCUACAGCCAUUUCUAGCAGGUCUCCGUCGCGGGGGUGUCUCUCAGUCGACGCCGCCGGUGGGCAAUCUAGCCGGUGGCAUCCUCGCGACGGCCAGCGGCGGGAACCAGACGGGAGCAGCGCAGCCGCACGGCAACUCGGGCGGGACCCGAUACGUCCCCAGCUGCGUCGCUGCGCGUCAGGGUCAGCAGGCCCCCGAUCUCGACCUGGACCUCCGCCUCAGCCAGCCUUCUUCCAAGGCUUGCAUCUACAACCACCGAAGCGACGAGGUGUGCAGUUAUUGCUACCGCGGGAGCAGCUGAACAGAAUGCUGACAGCUGAACAGAAUGCUGUGAACUCUGCUUUGCUCUGUUUUGACAGAACAGAACAGCAUGAUUCCUGUGAUGCAUGCAUGUGGCCAAAUGUGGCAAUGCAUACAUACAUAAUUGAGUAGGUCCAUGAAACUAUAUAUAUACAUACUUGCUGUAGAUCGAUUUCACUCAGUUUAAUCCUUGGCUCUUUUCUGACGCUUUA